AGGCGUAACCGUGCAACGCUCAAGCUCAAAUCCGCACCCAUCUUUACAUGAUCGCAUUCAUUGAAUCUUCCCUGCUGUCGACCAGAGCUUUACCCAGUAUCGAACCAGUAAAAGCAAUCGUUAAAAGCAAUGGCCAAUUACAUUCACGUUCCCGAAUGCGCGCCGCUGGUUCCUAAAUUAGACGUGACGGUGGACGAGCACGACUACAGAGCCGGAGCCCUGAAAUUGAUCAAGACGCUCAGACCCCGUUGGAAACCUUCCGAGGUCAAAAUGAAGUUUUUCACUGACGGCAUUACGAACAAGCUGAUUGGCUGUUACGUCGGUGGCUCCAUGCAGGAGGUGGUCCUGGUUCGCGUCUAUGGGAACAAGACGGAGCUUUUCGUGGACCGGGAGAACGAGGUCAAGAGCUUCCGUGUCCUCCAGGCGCAUCGGUGUGCGCCACGCCUCUACUGCACCUUCAACAACGGCCUGUGCUAUGAGUUUCUGCAGGGUAUGGCACUGGAACCCGAACAUAUCCGCAGCCCUGCCAUGUUCAGGAACAUUGCAAGGCAGAUGGCUAAGUACCACGCCAUACAUGCCCAUAAUGGUUGGGUGCCCCAAUCAGACCUCUGGAUAAAGAUGACCAAGUUCUUUUCCCUUGUGCCUUCACAUUUUAAUGACCCUGAGGACCAGAGGCUGAACAGCGAGGUCCCCAGCGCGACCUGUCUCAGAGAGGAGAUGAUCUGGCUUCAGCAGAACCUUUCUAAACUGGGUUCCCCAGUCGUUCUCUGCCACAACGAUCUGCUGUGUAAGAACAUCAUCUACAACCAAAAGGAAGGAAAUGUCAAAUUCAUUGACUACGAAUAUGCUGGGUACAAUUACCAAGCCUUUGACAUUGGGAAUCACUUCAAUGAAUUUGCAGGUCUGAAUGAGGUGGACUACAGCCUGUAUCCUGGGCGAGAACUCCAGUUGCAAUGGCUUAGGGCCUAUCUGGAGGCAUACAAAGAGUACAAAUCACUGGGCACAGACGUGUCCAAUACUGAAGUUGAGGUGCUCUAUGUGCAAGUCAACCGCUUUGCAUUGGCGUCUCAUUUCUUCUGGGGACUGUGGGCGUUAAUCCAGGCUCAGUACUCAACCAUUGACUUUGACUUCCUGGGAUACGCAGUGCUUCGUUUCAGCCAGUACUUCAAGAUGAAGCCAGAGGUCAUGUCACUGAACCUUCCAGAAUAAUCUCUCAGGUUACAGCUUGCGUUACUCUCUAGAGAAGAGCUCCCCCUGGUGGACACACAUACUAACUGGAACGCUCUUCGGUUUUGUAAACUGAACUGUAUGCACUUGUCUAAAUAUAUAUCGUUUUAGAUAAGCCCCGAUCAUCUCUGAACCCAACGCCUCAUCGAGUUGGUUCAGUGUGGUAGAAAACCAAGAACCUAAGCCCUCCACGCAUUUAUCUGCUGGUUAAGAGAGAAAGUCAUCAUCCCAGUGCCCUAUUUGUAGCGACGUUUUCAAUUGAGUGAUAUUGCCAAUCGAGCAAGCAGCCAGCAAACGACUUGCUACAAUGCACAAUAUCAUCGGCUUGGCCUUGUAUUUCCCAUAUAUGUGAAAAAGCCCUGGAGAAUCGAAAAGUAAAGAAACCCCCAGAUACCACUUCAAAUAUUAUUAUAAUAACGAAAAGGAAAGUCUGCUGGGUUGGUAUUCAGCAACCUGCUAUCACCCAAAAGGUCAUUCCUACUUGUUUACACAACUUUAAAUGGGAGAAAUCUGUGUACUGUAUAGAAAUGAUGGGUUUACUGUAUGGAUAGUUUGGUUCUGUCUAAACACUGAGCUUCGGGCCUGUCUGUUCCCACGAGGGUCGGCUUUCCGACCCAGCUUUGGGGGACCAAUAGAAGCAUCGUCUCUGUUUCUGAAUGAAGAUUAUUUCUUCAUCCUGUCACUGUGAAUUCAUAAAGUUUCUCAUCGGUUUUCUCAGCGCGGUGCUUGGGACGUUAGUAGUAGUCGGAUGAGCCGGCCACGCCAAAGUGCUGAUAUUUCUAGCUUGUAUAUAUUGCACAUUUUUCAGCGUAGACAAAAAAUACUGUUUGAAAGAAGGUUUUUAUACUUAUUUAAAUGGAGCGACAGUGACCUGCGUGCGUGUCUGGGAGGUUUCGGGAAAGCUCUUUUUAUCGGAUGUAUUCCAGAAAGGCCUUAUCGACUGUAUCGGCUGCUAGAUGCACUAAGCUAUCGAUUUAACUCGACUUGUGCCGCAACAGCAUAGCUAUGGCGCCUUUGCACAAGCUGAGAACAAAAUCAGUCCUUACUUUGUUACUUUAAAUCUGCCCCUUUUUGUUUAGUUUGCAAACAAAUUUAAGCUGUGAUUUCGGUAACACUUUAUUUGCCCCUAUCGCGCGUAUUAAGCAUCACUGUAAUAAAUCACUUUAUCAUUUAUGUAAAUUAUGUAAUUAUUUUGCAGAAAUGACAUGCAGAUAGCUCAAUAAAUGUUACGCAGUAGUUAUUUAAAGCAUAGAAAUAUAAACAGUGUCAUUUUCUAUUGCAAACCUCAGAUCUUGAGAUUUAAAGGGACAGUUCAGCCCCACACACAUUUUUUUUAAAUAAUGUUAUUAUUCACUCAACCUCAAGUUGUUACAUGUAAAAUUUCUUUGUUUUACUGAAAAUAAAGGAAGAUAUUUGUAAUAAAGCAAGAAACAGGAGCACCAUUUACUUCCAUAGUAGGAAAGAAAAAUACUAUGGAAGUCAAUGGUGCUCUAAAAUGGUUUGGUUACAAACAUUGCUCAAAAUAUCUAUAUUUGUGUUUAGCAAAACAAAAACAUUUACACAAGUUUGUAACAACUUAAGGUUGCGUAAAUGAAAUUAUUUUUAUUUUGGGGUGAACUAUCCCUUUAAAUGGACAGUUCACCCAAAAAUGAAUUUCUUUUUGUUAUCAUUUACUCACCCCCAUGUUGUUACAAAUCUGUAUAAAUAUCUUUGUUCUGAUGAACACAAAGGAAGAUAUUUGUAAUAAAGCAAGAAAUAGAAGCACCAUUGACUUCCAUAUUAGAAAACAAAAUACUAUGGAAGUCAAUGGUGCUCUAAAAUGGUUUGGUUACACACAUUGCUCAAAAUAUCUAUAUUUGUGUUCAGCAGAACAAAGACAUUACACAAGUUUAUAACAACUUAAGGUUGCGUAAAUUAAAUAAUUUUUAUUUUGGGGUGAACUAUCCCUUUAAAUGGACAGUUAACCCAAAAAUGAAUAUUUUGUCAUCAUUCACAAACCCUCGUGUUGUUACAAAUCUGUAUAAAUGUCUUUGUUUUGAUAAACACAAAGGAAGAUAUAUUUGUAAUUUCAGCAGAACAAAAACAUUUACAAAAGUUUGUAACAAAUUAAGGUUGCGUAAAUGAGAAAUUUAGUUUGGGGUGAACUAUCCCUUUAAAUGGACAGUUCACCCCGAAAAUAAAUAUUUUGUUAUCAUUUACUCACCCCCAUAUUGUUACAAAUCUGUAUAAAUAUCUUUGUUCUGAUAAACACAAAGGAACAUAUAUUUGUAAUGAAGCAGGAAACAGAAGCACCAUUGACUUCCAUAUUAGAAAAGAAACUACUAUGGAAGUCAAUGGUGCUCUAACAUGUUUUGGUUACAAAUAUUGCUCAAACACAUUCAUUUAUACAUCAAGACAAUUUGUUUUUUAAUAAAUGAAAUGAGAGAUUUUUUUUAUUUUGAGGUGCAAGAAACAGAAGCACCAUUGACUUCCAUAGUAAGAAAAAAAUGGAAGUCAAUGGUGCUCAAAAAUGGUUUAUUUACAGACUCAAAUACUCUAAAUUGCUCAAAAUAUCUUCCUUAGAGAAUUUUUAUUUUUGGGUGAACUAUGCCUUUAAGUGCUUGCCUUCGCGCCCCUGGCCGUCCUCACGUACCUCAUUUUCCUGUGUCAGUUUGCCUGUUACACACAACCACGUACAAUACUGUAAAUAUUAGAAACUGUGAAAAGCAGGCGCUAUGUAUUUUGAAGUAUGCUUCUUUUUCCACGCCAGAUCCAGUUUUGGAGCUGUCAAUCUAUCACUUACAUUUUUUGAACAGUCAUACACAUUUUUAUUUUGAUAAUGUGAAUGCAAUAUGUCCAGAAAUGAUCCUAAAUAUGAAAAUGUAUCACUUUUGCAGUUAGCUGUUAUGGAGAUUAACUGAUGAUAUCUUUGCACUCUUUAGCAUUUAUUUACAACAGCGAUGGGUAGUUUGAAACUUUCAGCCAAUUAAAAUGCAAAGUUUGGGUUAACUUUGUACAGACCUGCCUCAUGCAAGUGGUGUAUGUGUACAGCUGUAAAGAAACUGUAAAAGAAUCUUUGCUUACUUUGUGAAUAACUCAACUUUUAAAGUAGGGGAUGAGAUCCUAAAGUGUUGCAUCUUCAAAUCAUUUGAAUAGAAAUAAAAUUCUACAUAUUUUAUUUGA